GUGGCAUGCUGCCAGCAGGAGUGAAUGCAGUGCCCAGUGUGGUUUGGGUUAUCGUACUGUAGACAUCUACUGUGCCAAAUACAGUAGGCUAGAUGGAAAGACCGAGAAGGUUGAUGAUAGUUUUUGCAGUAAUCAACCCAAACCAAGCAACCGGGAAAAAUGCUCAGGAGAGUGUAACACAGGUGGCUGGCGCUAUUCUGCUUGGACUGAAUGUUCUAAGAGCUGUGAUGGCGGAAGCCAGAGAAGGAGGGCUAUUUGUGUCAACACUCGAAAUGAUGUCCUGGAUGACAGCAAAUGCAUACAUCAAGAGAAAGUCACUGUGCAGAGAUGCAAUGAGUUUGCGUGUCCACAGUGGAAAUCGGGAGACUGGUCAGAGUGCUUGGUGACUUGUGGGAAAGGCCAUAAGCACCGCCAGGUCUGGUGUCACUUUGGCGAGGAUCGAUUGAACGACAGAAUGUGUGACGCCGCGGCCAAGCCCGUCUCUAUGCAGACCUGUCAGCAACCGGAAUGUGCAUCCUGGCAGGCGGGUUCCUGGGGACAGUGCAGUGUCACCUGUGGCCAGGGAUACCAGCGCAGGGCGGUAAAGUGCAUCCUUGGGGCUUACAUGUCGGUGGUGGAUGAUAAUGACUGCAAUGCUGCAACAAGACCCACUGAUACCCAGGUGAGUUCCUGCCUUCACCUCUGUGCCUAG